AUGAAGGAGCAAUAUGCAAGGGUGCAUGAUUAUGCUAAGGAGCUUAAGAGGGUGGACCCAAAUACAACUGUGGACAUCAAGUGUGACUUCAAUAAUCCAGGCCAGCUGCCCCUAUUCAAGAGGAUGUACAUUUGUUUGGGGGCAUUGAAGCAAGGAUUCAAAGCUGGAUGCAGACCAUUGCUGGGCUUAGAUGGGUGUCACCUCAAGAGCGUCUAUGGUGGUCAGCUGUUGUCAGCAGUGGGGGUGAAUGCUAAUAACACAACCUGGGUGGUUGGUUAUGCACAAGUAGAGAUGGAGAGUAAGGAUUCAUGGGACUGGUUCUUGAGGCUUUUGGUUAAGGAUUUGGACAUCACAGGUGAAGGAAAUGGUUUCACCUUCAUUUCAAACAAACAAAAGGGGCUUCUACCUGCAUGUGAAGAUGUGGUGCCACUAGCUGAUCACAGGUUCUGUGUUAGGAACUUGUGGACUAAUUUCAACAAGCUAUUCCCUGGCAAGGUGAUGAAGGACCAGCUGUGGGCAGUUGCCAAGUCCACAACCAUGGCUUAUUACCACAAAGAGAUGGUUUUGAUGAACCAGAUGGAUUCAGAGGCUCAUAAAUGGCUAACAGAUCUAAAGAGAAACCCUAAGCAUUGGUGCAGAGCCCACUUCAACACCAUUUUGAAGUGUGAUGUGUUGUUGAACAAUCUUUCAGAGAGUUUCAAUGCCUGUAUCCUACCUGCAAGGUCCAAACCAGUCAUUACAUGCUUUGAAGAAAUUAGGGUGAGGAUGAUGAAGAGGAUUGCAAUCAGGAAAGAGAAGAUGAGCAAAGUUAUGGACCCUAUCUGCCCCAGGCCAAGGCAGAUUCUUGAGAAGAACAAGGUUAAAUCUGCAACAGAUUGCAUCCCUAAUGGGACUGGGAGCCACAAAAUUAAAGUGGAGAGCAUUGGAGGCAGCAAGUAUGUGGUGGAUCUGUGCAGAAGGGCUUGUGCUUGUAGGAGAUGGGAUCUAACUGGGAUCCCUUGCCAGCAUGCCAUAUCAGCCAUCAACUUCAUGAGAGAGAAGCCUGAAGAUUAUGUUGAUGCAUGCUACCUGACCAAGACUUACAUGGCUGCUUACUCUAACACAGUCCAGCCUGUAAAUGGGAUGGACUUGUGGAUCCCAAGUGAAGAACCUGCCAUCCUACCCCCACAGUACAACAGGCAGCCUGGAAGGCCAAGGACCAAAAGGUUUAAGGAUGCUUCUGAGAAGGAGAAUGAAGGCCCCAAGCUUGGAAGGGUGCAGAAAUCUCUGAGGUGCUCCAACUGUAACCAAUUGGGUCACAAUAUUAAGAGUUGUCAUAGACACCUCCCACCAAAGACAGCAGCAGCCAAGGGUAGCAAGAAGAGAAAGUUGAACAGUGGAGAGGCAUCAUCUUCUCAGCCAAAGGGUAACAAAGAGUCCUUGAAGAGCAAGAAUGAACUCAGAGCUAAGGCAGCAAAGAAAGCUGAAGCAGCAAAGAAAAAGAGGGAUGAAAAGAGGGCAACAACAAAGGAAGCAAGAGGAUCUGCUCCAACCAGAGGAAGACCACUGAAACCUGCUUCAAACAAUGGUAAAGCGGCUUCAAGCAAAGGUAAAGCAGCUUCUGCACCACAAGCUUCCCAAGGUUCGUCAAGGUCAUCUGUGAGGAUCAGGGAUAAUGCAAGGAAUGCUGGAAAUUAG